AUGAAGGGCCGGCGGUGGGAAAGAUGGCGGCGGUUGUGAGACCCUCCUGGUGGCGGCGGUGGCGGCUGCGCGCGUGGGCUCGGGACGGGGCCAGGCUAUGGCUCCUUCUCCUUUUGCUGGGGUCUGUGCAGGGGCCGUGGCACGUCAGGGCGGGCCAAGCGGUGGAGUACUUGAAACGGGAGCACUCGCUGUCGAAGCCCUACCAGGGUGUGGGAACGAGCAGUUCUUCUCUGUGGAACCUGAUGGGCAAUGCCAUGGUGAUGACCCAGUAUAUCCGACUCACUCCAGAUAUGCAAAGUAAACAGGGUGCCUUGUGGAAUCGGGUGCCCUGUUUCCUGAAAGACUGGGAGCUGCAGGUGCACUUCAAGAUCCAUGGACAAGGGAAGAAGAAUCUGCAUGGAGAUGGCCUGGCAAUCUGGUACACAAAGGAUCGGAUGCAGCCAGGGCCUGUGUUUGGAAACAUGGACAAAUUUGUGGGGCUGGGAGUGUUUGUAGACACCUAUCCCAAUGAGGAGAAGCAGCAAGAGGCCCAGAAGAGGCGCUAUUCUCCAGGAGUCCAGCGGGUAUUCCCCUACAUCUCAGCCAUGGUGAACAACGGCUCCCUCAGCUAUGACCAUGAGCGGGAUGGACGGCCCACAGAGCUGGGGGGCUGCACAGCCAUUGUCCGAAAUCUCCGCUAUGACACCUUCCUUGUGAUUCGCUAUGUCAAGAGGCAUCUGACGAUAAUGAUGGAUAUUGAUGGCAAACACGAGUGGAGGGACUGCAUUGAGAUGCCUGGGGUCCGUCUCCCCCGGGGCUAUUACUUCGGCACUUCCUCCAUCACUGGGGAUCUCUCUGAUAAUCAUGACGUCAUUUCGAUGAAGUUGUUUGAGCUGACUGGGGUGAGGACCCCAGAAGAAGAGAAGCUGCAUCGUGAUGUAUUUCUGCCCUCAGUGGACAAUCUGAAGCUACCUGAGAUGACUGUACCACCAGCACCCCUGAGUGGCCUGGCCCUCUUUCUUAUCGUCUUUUUCUCCCUGGUCUUUUCUGUGUUUGCCAUUGUUAUUGGUAUCAUACUCUACAACAAAUGGCAGGACCAGAGCCGAAAACGCUUCUACUGAGCCUGCCGCCAUCCGUCCCUCGGUGAUGUUUACCCAUGAGGUGUGGAUCUGAGCAUACAGCCCGGGAAGUCUGCCUAAGUCACCAGCUGUUCAGGGACUGUGUUCUGUCACUGGGACUUUGAAUGCAGUGACCCUGCAUUCUCAUGGUCAUCCACAGGAGCAUCUCACUGGCCCAAGAUGCCACCCACAGGGUCAAGCAGCUGUGACGUGCCUUUCCCUGCAGUCCUUCCACUUCGGAGUGAAAAGACAUGGAGAAAUAGAGAUUGUGAUGCCUAAAUUACAGAACUGGACAGCUCCCCCCCCACAUGGACUGGAUGCAGCAGGCCUUCCACUUCAUUUUGAAAUUCCCAGAUAGAAAACCAGAACUCACACAACCUGGAAACAAACCCACUUACUAGUUUUUGCUUUCUCUUUCUACUUGAGGAGCUCCUUGGCAAUGUGAGUGGAGACUUGGGCCGUACCUGCCUCCCCGGCCUCUCUGUCUCCCUUCACUCCUUGUCCUCUUUGUGUGCAUCCUGAGCUAGGAAAGAAAUUUGCUGCUCCCAUUAGGUGGCCCUGGGGCUGUCUGCGUUAGCUCAUUGCUUCAGCCUGUGUUCUGUGCUGGGCGGAUCUUGUUCCUGUCUGUCCCUGUGCUUUCCUAAUCAGAGCUCUUCAGGCCUUUGGAUCGUUUGGCUAAAGGUUGUUACAAAUCAAGAGAAACUCAGACAACUUUACAGAUGCAGUGAGAUUGACUGUGGAAUCAUCCCGGUCCAGGUGUGCCACAGAAAGCAGCCUUCAUCGGUCCGACCAUGUGGGGGUGUUUCUGGACCCCCGGAGCCUGCUUAGCUGCAUGUUUUGUUUCUCGUGAUUCUUGGGAUCCUGCUUUGAGUGUUGGAAGUGAAAAGCAGCUUUCUUGUUCCCUGGACUCGGACAGGACAUGACCCCGAGAGAUUUGGCUUCUUAUUGAGAAGAAACAGUUGCUGAUCUCAUGUAACAAAUCCUCUGUGUCUGGAGAAGUUCUGACCAUUGAGCUGCACAGCUCGAGUGCAGUCCUGUGUGUGCGUCACCCCUAUUAUACUGCCUUAGUCUACAGAUGUCACAUAUCUGCCCUGUGAUUAAAUUGGUUGCAGGCUAGUCUCCCUGGAGAGCCUGAAACUGAGUUCUCUGGGUCUCGGAAGCCCAAGGAAAAUUCUUAAAGAGACUGAUGGAACCAA